CAGCGCCCAGCGGAUGUUUCGCCGUCGUCACGUCACUCGAAUUGUCCGCCAUUUUCCCUUUGUCGUUCGUGUGUGGAUUUCGCUCACAGAUUGGAGUGAUCAUCUUGGUAUAAUCUGUCAACGAGAAUCCCGCGUGUUCUACCACAGUCGAGGACGUGACGUUCGAAAAGGAAAGAUGAGUUACGGUAGGCCGCCGCCCCGCAUCGAUGGGAUGGUUUCCCUGAAAGUCGACAAUCUCACGUAUAGGACGACGCCGGAAGAUCUGAGGCGCGUGUUCGAGCGAUGCGGCGAGGUCGGCGACAUUUACAUCCCCAGGGAUCGCUUCACGCGCGAGAGCCGUGGCUUCGCGUUCGUCAGAUUUUAUGAUAAGCGCGACGCGGAAGACGCAUUAGAUGCCAUGGAUGGACGAUUGUUGGAUGGCAGGGAACUCCGAGUUCAAAUGGCACGAUACGGACGGCCAACGUCUCCGCAUCGCAGCCGUGGAAGUCGUCGUCGUGGAAGAUCACGAAGUAGAAGUAGAGACCGCAGACGUUCGCGAUCUCGUUCUCGUAGCAGGUCGCGUAGCCGCGACAGAGAUCGCAGGCGCUCCUACAGCCGCAGCCGUAGUCGCUCUCGUUCGGACAGCAAGAGCUCGCGCGGCAAAUCACGCUCGCGCAGCAAGUCUCAGGACAGGCAGAAAGAUAGUCGUUCCAAAUCCAGGGACUAAGCUGAUUGAAGAGUGUGCGAGAGAAUAAGAAUGAGUGCGCGCGUAUCCAACGAGUGCCGAAUAAUCUAUGUUGAGAUUAAAA